AUGGCUUACAACAAGUCCUACAACCCCGAUGCGCUGCCAGCAUGUCCCACCCCCGCGACUGACUCCCAGCAGGUCGCCCAGUUGAUCGGCGCGAUGCAAGUAUCCUCACAACCGCAGGCUCAGCGACCUCCUCGAACAUCGUCUCAUGCUCCGCCCAGCGGCACCCCCCAGCGAGUCCCCGUCACGAAUGCUCAGAUCAACAAACCCCUACCUGCGACCGGGCCGCCUCCCGCAAGCCAUAGCCAUGCGCGUCCGCAUCCCCUCCACCCCUCGCCUCCACCCCAAAACUACGGCUUCGGCCCCCCUCCCUCGCAGCCCGUACGCAAUCGCCCUUCCCCAGCCUCGCGUCCACCUCAAUCCCCCGUUCCGCCUCCUCUGUCCGCCCCGCACGAUGACCCCCAGCAGCUCUUCCCACUCUUCCGCGCUGCCAAUGCCUCGCACUCGGGCGCCCUGACCGAGAUGGAGCUCGGAUCCGCCCUCGUAAACGGCGACUAUACCUCUUUCCAUCCCAAGACCGUCAAGAUGAUGAUCCGCAUGUUCGACCGGAACAGCAGCGGGACCAUCUCGUUCGACGAGUUCGUGGCGCUGUGGCGGUUUCUAGCUGCCUGGCGGGAGCUCUUUGACCGGUUUGACGAGGAUCGCAGUGGGCGCAUCAGUCUGCAGGAGUUUGAGAAAGCGCUAGUUGCGUUCGGGUAUAGGCUUAGCCAGCCAUUUGUCACGGUGCUCUUUACCACGUUUGAGAGCAAAAAACAACAAAUAAACGGGGGGCAUGCAAUGGGGCCGGCCAAGGACGGCAUGAGCUUCGACCUGUUUGUGCAGGCGUGUAUCAGUCUCAGACGAAUGACGGACGUGUUCAAGCGGUAUGACGAGGAUCGGGACGGGUAUAUCACUUUGAGCUUUGAGGAGUUUUUGACUGAGAUCUUACAGUUACAGGAUUAG